AAUCAUCAUCAAUCGAACGCGAAAAGAUCUGCUUGUUGAUUAGAAGGAGGUGUGAUCGCUGGUGAAAACCGUCGGAAUUGCAACGUCGUUUGUGUCGGUCGGUGUGCCGCGAUGUCGUGCGAAGUGAAAUUACUGGCCAAUGUGGACGAUUUACGCGAGGUGCAGGAGCAGUUCGGACUGAGUUCAGAGGAAAACUGGCUCAACGCAGUUUGCCACUCACUGUCGCCAGCGGGGGACAUCCUCGCCUUCGGUCACGGGUCGAUCCUGAUCAUCCUAACCUCCAAAUGGGACCGGCAGCGGCAGCUGAGCGUGUACAAGAUCGCCUGGAAGGGUGCGAUCGACGACCCGAACUGUCUGAUAACAAGUGUUCUUUGCGCGCCAGUCGUGGGCCAGGGAGGCAACUCCCAGGCCGGUAGUGUGGAUUUUAGCUUUAUCGUAGUCGGUCUGGACAGUGGUCAGGUUUUGUUCUACGGGGAAAAUGGCACGCUAAUCCAUUCGCAGCUGUUCCACCAGGAACCGGUUCAGGCCAUCAAGGCCCAAAGUGGGAAACACAUCAACGAAGAGCUGUAUGUGUUUCAUCCGUCUUGUGUAGUGAUAGUGCAGGGUGCGCAGAUGUUUCCGUUGUUGAGAAGCUUGAAGCAGCAAAUCGGCAGAUAUGGGUUGGGAAGUCCGCGAGUGAACGAAGCUCAAGAAGUGAUCGCGUGCCGAAAGUGGAAUUAUGAGAAGAAUAUGACCGUGCAGGAUGGGAUAGUGGUGGGACCGCAGAAGACCUGUACGUUCGAUCAUCUGCUCACGGCCAGUCUGGAGGGUGGGUUCUUUGCGAAGUAUCGACAUGCGCCGCCUCAGAAUUCGUUGAUCAUUGCGGCGGGGAUGAAGCCCUAUAUAGGGUUUCACUACGCUAAGGAGGGGUUUUCCCAACCGGUGCUGGCGGAUGUUGCUCGAGCAGUGGCCAACAAGAUCAAAUCAGCUUUACCAUCCUGGUUCGGUGGAUCGUCAACUCCGCAAGCUCCUCCGGAGCCGCAGUUGCCGCCUUCGGAACCGCUGAUCUGCAGAUUUGGGUUAUGUGAUAUUCAACGAACUGCCUUCUCGGUUUGGUUGGCCCCGAACUAUACCCUAGCUGCUGUUGCGGACAACCUUGGUCGAAUAGUUCUGGUGGAUUGUGUUAAAGGGAUCGCCUUGAGAAUUUGGAAAGGCUAUCGAGAUGCUCAGUGUGGGUUUGUGGAGGUCGCUGAGAAGAUCGCUAAGGAUGUUGUAACGAAGCAGGAUCGACGGAAAGCUAUAUUCUUGGUGAUCUACGCUCCACGACGAUCGGUGCUAGAGGUGUGGUCAUUGCAGAAUGGCCCAAAGGUGGGUGCGUUCUCGGCGGCCAAAAACGGUCAACUAAUCUACAAUACGCAUAGCUUCAUGGGGGUCAGCUCGGGUAGCAGCAAGAUCAAGUACACAGGACACGGUUGCACAUUCUUCGAUCCGAGUGACAACUCGUUGAAAGAAAUCAGUAUUCCAUUUCACUGUGCCCUCAGCGAUUCCAAAUCGAAGACUGCCAAGGAUCUGCAUUUACUGAAGAGACUGAAGAUUUGUCUGAAAGCAGGCGACGGCAGUGACGCAGAAGACCUAGAAGAGAUGUUUGAAAUGUGCAAGAGCUUCGAAACGGAUGAAAUCAAGCAGCAGUGCGUCGAGAUGCUAGCAAAGCACAAGAAGAUUAAACCGAUACUAUUUCGUAGUGCAGUGGAAGUGUUUGGAACUUUCGGUGAGGUAGAAGAAUCACAGGAGAUAGAAAAUGAUGGUAGACGGAGUCAUUUACGAGUUAUAUGUGAGAACUACCGAAAACUAACGAUGUUCUAUUUGUUUCUGACGGGUAAAGUGAACGCUGAAGAACUAGUGAGUGAAACGGAAACGUCUAGUGAUGAAAACAAGUGCCCCGUAGAUGAGAACGUAGAUGUUCCGACGGAUUCAGUGGAACAACAAACCGAAGAGACUACGACCGAGGUCAUUGCUCCCAAGACAGAUUUGGACAAAAAUGUAAAACUAUCCGAGAUGGAACUGGUCUCGAUCGGUAAGCUGAUAGAGCUGCUGACGAUGAACAGUUCCUCCGAGGGUGGCUCGACGACUCACGUAACUUUUGAGGAUUCAACUGUCAAAAGCAAUACUUUCCAAGAAUACAUAUCGUACUUCAAUGUGUCUAACGAGGAUCUGAUUCUGCUCAAGGACGAUUCCGCUCAUUUGUUCAGUUCGCUGGGCAAGAUCAUAUUCGAGAAUAUCUACCACAGCAAUGGGUCCCGCUUGGCAGGGUUCGUGACGGCUGCUGGCAGCUCCGGACUAAUCUACGAUGACUUGCUGAAGUUAUUCUUAGCGUACUGGCUGCGGCUUCCCUUCAGUUACCGAGACAUAGCCGAGCUAGCCGACGACUUGAACAAGUUCAACAAAGUCCUUCGAAGGAUUUGUUCUCUCGUAGAAAACCGGAUACGAUUCGAGAACAAUACCAUCUGUUUGUGGUGGCAGAAUGCUCGGGAGUAUCUACUGGAGUCACCUUGCGCACUUCGGGGCCUGCUGGCGGCUAUUAUGUGUCGAAAUGAAGCCCUAAAGUACGAAGAAAACAGUGACUCUGAUGACUACCAGUUUGAAGAAGUUUCACAGGAAGCCUGCCAGUGGACACUGCUCAUCGGGAAACUCGACGACGUAUCCGUUCUUGGGGCAAUACUAGCCGAAAACCUCAAAUGCCGGCAUCCAAAGUACCCUUGUUUGAAGUAUCAAAAACCGGACGUCAGUCUAAAGGAGAUCUUGAAGGGCGGUCAGGGAAUCGUCGCCGAAAUCGUCGCCAAGUGGAUUGGCGCCAGUGGAAUAGAUCCAGAAAAGUUGGUCAUCGAAGUACCGGAGGAAGCCGUUGAGAACGAACAAGCUGGUAUUCAAGAACCUGCAGCAACUGUAAAGAAGGAGCGAAAGCGUCUAGAGCUGCUCAAACAGAACCUUAUUGAGACAAGCGAAUACGGCGGUAGCAGCGAUUCCGAACUGGAUCCGGUACUCUACAACCUGAACAUCCUGCGACGACACUUUCCCUUCAGCUUGGAUAGUGGAACUCUGCUUAGCCAUCUAGCUUGGGAGUAUAUCUGUGAUUGGAGCAAAAACAUGCCUAACAUUGAUUGCCUUUCCGCGGGUCUUGCAUGUCUCAAGGCAAUCCCUCGUCUACAGUAUUCCAUGAAACACGGUCUGUGUUGCAUGAUUUGGAAUGCCCACCUGAAAAUCCCCCUUGAAGCUACCAAGAAACUUGUCAACAAGGUCGGUCGACUACCCAAGGAAAAGCUCUGCCUGCAGGACAUAGGAAUAUCGGACGCCGUGGUUCCACAGUUCUUGGAAAGUUGCCUAGAAUUCUUCGAUCAAUUUUCCAACUCGAUCGACCAUGACAAACUGGAGUUGCGAUUCGAGGAGCUGCUCCAGGACGGACCCAUCCCCCUUACAUCCCUAGCGAUCCAACAGAACUCGGCCAAUAUGGCACUGCUCAAACUCCACCACGAAUUGACCACCGUGCUGCUCGUUUUGACUUCUUUCAACGUCAAGUAUCAGAAACCCAUCCAGCAGUUUUUCGAUGGAAUGGCGAAUCAGUCGUUCUUUGCGGAGAUCAACCGGCAGUUGGCGUACAGCUUGCCGAAGGCGGAUCUGCUGCUGAAGAGGGUCCGGUUCGAGUUUCUCUGCAAGACCAUUACGGCGACGAUGGACUUGAUUCGGGAGGACAUGGAGAACGUGUUCUACACGGAUCACAUCGCGUGGAUGGAUCGGAUCGAACAGCUGGCCGAGGUUUGGGAGAUCAGCGUGACGGAGCUGAAGAAACAUCAGAUUGUCGAACUGUACGCCCAUGGUUGGGACACGUACGCCGAGGAGCUGCUGGAAAACAUCGUUCCGGACCAGGCCUUUGGGAAUCUGCUGCUGACCAUCGCUGGACGCCGCCUGACCAUGCACACCAAAGCCAACCCGCGCCUCUGGGGCCAGGUGGCUGCCGUGGGGCCCCUCCUGACCGACUACCUGGACACGCUAAUUUCAUCGGAUAAUCGUGGUCCUCAGUUGCGAUUUGCCGAAGGCAACGAGGCAGCUGGUGCAUCCGGCGAGAUUUCCAUCGAUAAGCUGGCCCGGCUGGUGGAGAGGGCUUUUCGCUGUUUGAGCAGUGUACAGAAGAACCCUUCCGCCUCAUCGAGCAAUAACAACAACAACAACAACAACGGUAGUAGCAAUAGUCAGACUAGUAGUAGCACAUUUUCUUCGUCGCUACAGCAGAACGUCAAUCAAAGCGGUGGUGGAAAUACGAAGGAACUCCGAAUCGCCGGUUUGCUGUUCGAUGCUUGCGCUACCAUUAAGGAAUUGAGCAUAACCGGAAGCGAACUGCGGAAACGUAUCGGCAGCGACAUCGACGAACUGACGACGACUACAACGACGACGACGACGACGACGACGCAAACACCAACUCGAAAGCAAACGAAACAUUGUUAAAGUUUUAAACUUAUUCAUGACUGCAUGAUGGAAAUGGCUAGGAUUAAGCAAGAACGAGAGCGAGCUGUGUAAUCCCAGGGCAAGAGCAUCAUCGGUAGGUACUAA